GCUGCAGGAGGCCUCUGCAGCACUCUGCUGCAAUGAUCCCAUUCGACACGGCAGAGAAGAAGGUUACAGCUGGGGCGUGGUUUCAUAUCGCACUGAAUUGUCUCCUGGCAGGUUCCAAUAAACACCACAAAGACGUGUUUGGCAACUGUUGUCGUCUACAAGGCUAAAAUGGACCAAAAAUGGAUUCAGAUUCUGGUGAUUCUGAUGUUUAAUCAGAAAAUGACUUCAGGAACAAACAAAGAAGUAAAGGAAGGCGAAUCGAUUGAUAUCGAGUGCGAACCUCUUCCUCCUACGUCGUCCAUGAUCAUCUGGUUUCGAGCGCUGGACAAUUUCGGCAUGGAAUUCAUUGCAUCUUUCAGUGCCAGUGGCUUUGCAAAGUCGAAACAUAGUAAUUACUCUGAGAUAUUCUCUGACAAGAGCAAAUCUAAACAGACACUGAAGGCCUUCAAAAAAAGUAGAGACAGUGGCAUUUACAGCUGUGCAACUCUACAGGGAAACGAGCUGAAAUUUGGAAAAGUAACCCGACUGAUUGGAGAAGAAAUAAAGAAAGACACGCCAGAAGUGCUGCCGACCAAACCGCCAAACAACCAAGUCGCAACGACCACGGCCUGCAAUUGUAACAAGAACAAGAAAACAGCAGGAGCAGCUACGCCUCCCCCUCUGUCUUGUUCUAUCCUCAUACUGGCUCCACUGGCUGGCGGCUGUGGCCUUCUUCUUCUGCUCCUCAUCAUCACCACCGUGUACUGCAAUCGAAUAAGAACACGGAGAUGCCCCCACCAUUACAAAAGAAAGCUGCGUGUGGCUCCUGAGAAGCAAAUGAUGAACACCAGACACAUCUAAUCUAAAUGAUGCAGUUUCAGUCAUUCAAAUUGCAGUUAUUUUUCUGUUGCUGUGUUAAUGUUGCAGAAAUAAUUCUUCACUCAGUUUGACAAAUAAUUUGUGACCAACUUCAAACAUUUUUACUGUGUGCGAUAAAAAAUAGAAAAAGUGUUUAAAGUGGUUCAAAUAUUCAACACAUCAAACACUCAGAAAGCUUUUUAUUGGUAACAUCCAUUUCAAACUGCGUUGUGGUUUGGUAACAUUUAUUGAAUAUUUAAUCCCCUUGAAUGCGGAAGAUGAUCCUGAGAAUAUUCUGCACUUUGAUGAUUUAUGUUGUAUUUUCCUCUUGCAAUCAAUGCAGUAAUUGUGUAUAAUGACUGAUUUCCUAAGAUUUUAUUUUCAUUUACAAUCUGUGCUUUUAAAAGGUUUUUUUAAAAACCAUUUUAAAGCUCUUUUUAGCGUAGUUGCUGCUUAUUUCCUACCAAAAAAAAUUAAACAGCCGCAGUUAAUAAAAUGUUUUUUUCUGAUUACAUAACCAAAUCGUGAGAUGUUGAAUGUUUUAACUGAAAAUCUCUUUAAUUCCAGUCUCUCUAAAUAAGAAUGAAUAAUAAAUGUUUUUUUUAAUCUUUUUUUAUUUUAAUGAAUGCACAUUUAAGAAUUGUCCCGUUGUCUGAAUUUUGGGGAAAAAAAUAAAAUUAUACCACUCAGACAAGCAUUCCUUCUGGCUGCAAUGAACUGUAUUUGUCUUUAUUAGUUCAGAAUUUUUUCCACACAUCAAACCAAUUCAUUUGCAUCCCCAUCAG